GAUUCCCGCAGGUAGUUGGGAAGAGACCGUAGACUUUGAGGGAGCUCACUCUGGACCCAUUCUUCACCCAGUCUCGCCUGCAAAGUAGUGCUGACGGCGUGAUGAGCUACUUUGUGGAUUCUGCAGUGAGUGGCCCUGCCACCUAUUCAGCGGCUCGACCUGCAGUGCUGAGGCAGGGACCUCUCAACUCUUACGAAGAUCCCCGAAUGGCCUGUGGUUUCCAGUCGGCCUAUCAUCCACCAAGAGCUUGUUACCCGUUCUGGGAAGAGACAGCUACUCAGGAAGUGCCCACCGGCCUUGAACACUAUGGCUCAGAUAUGGAAUGUGCAGAUGUCCCGCUCUUAACUCCUAGCAGCAAAGAAAUGAUGUCUCAAGCCUUGAAAGCUACUUUCAGUGGUUUCUCUAAAGAGCAGCAACGUCUGGGAAUUCCAAAAGACCCCCGGCAGUGGACAGAGACCCACGUUCGGGACUGGGUGAUGUGGGCUGUCAAUGAGUUCAGCCUGAAGGGUGUGGACUUCCAGAAGUUCUGUAUGAACGGGGCAGCCCUCUGCGCACUGGGGAAAGACUGCUUUCUCGAGCUGGCCCCAGACUUCGUUGGGGACAUCUUGUGGGAACACCUGGAGAUCCUGCAGAAAGAGGAUGUGAAGCCAUACCAAGUUAAUGGAGUCAACCCUCCCUACCCAGAGUCCCGCUAUACCUCGGAUUACUUCAUUAGCUAUGGUAUCGAGCACGCCCAGUGCGUCCCUCCCUCGGAGUUCUCCGAGCCCAGCUUCAUCACAGAGUCCUACCAGACUCUCCACCCCAUCAGCUCGGAGGAGCUCCUCUCCCUCAAAUAUGAGAACGACUACCCCUCGGUCAUCCUCCGGGACCCUCUGCAGACGGACGCCUUGCAGACUGACUACUUUGCCAUCAAACAAGAAGUGGUGACCCCAGACAACAUGUGCAUGGGGAGGGCCAGUCGUGGUAAGCUCGGGGGCCAGGACUCCUUCGAGAGCAUAGAGAGCUACGACAGCUGUGACCGCCUCACCCAGUCCUGGAGCAGCCAGUCGUCUUUCAACAGCCUGCAGCGCGUCCCUUCCUACGACAGCUUCGACUCCGAGGACUAUCCAGCCGCCUUGCCCAACCACAAGCCCAAGGGCACCUUCAAGGACUAUGUGCGUGACCGCGCUGACCUCAAUAAGGACAAGCCCGUCAUUCCUGCUGCGGCCCUGGCCGGCUACACAGGCAGCGGACCGAUCCAGCUGUGGCAGUUUCUUCUGGAAUUACUCACGGAUAAGUCCUGUCAGUCUUUCAUCAGCUGGACAGGAGAUGGCUGGGAAUUCAAGCUUUCUGACCCAGAUGAGGUGGCCAGGAGAUGGGGAAAAAGGAAAAACAAGCCUAAGAUGAAUUAUGAGAAACUGAGCCGUGGCCUUCGCUACUAUUAUGACAAAAACAUCAUCCACAAGACAGCGGGUAAACGCUACGUGUACCGUUUUGUGUGUGACCUGCAAAGCCUGCUGGGGUACACGCCCGAGGAGCUCCAUGCCAUGCUGGAUGUCAAGCCCGACGCCGACGAGUGAUGGACGCUGAGGGGCCGGGGAAACCCUGCUGAGACAUUUCAGAGAACAACCAUGUCGGUCGGACUCUUAAUUUUUUAAUUGUUAUUCUAUUUUUAAUUUUCCAGAACUCAUUUUUUUUACAUUCAGGGGUGGGAGCUAAGUGAGCUGCAGCUAUAAUCCAUUGUGUGCCGUUGAAGGAGAGCCAGGACUGGUGGGGUGGGUGGGACAAGAAAUUCUGGAGUGGAUUUUCAGGAGACAAGGGCCUUCUUAGAAGCUUGAAGAAUCUGGCUUAAGGGAGGAAGAGACUAACACGUCCAGUUAUUAAAAAAAAAAAGUCAUCCACAAAAAAAAUGUCUUGAGUUAUGGACCUAUUAGCAAAAGAAAUUGAUGCGCCAGGAGUCUUGAAACUAAUGAAAGGCAAUUAAUUUCCUUUUGUCUUUAGGUCUGGGAGGGCAAAAAAGAGGGAGGUAGGAUAAAGCCUUUAGUUUGGGGGUGCAAUAGAAAAUCACGGACUAUUGACCUUUUUGUUCUACUUUUGAAACAAAGAUGGACUUCAGUGGGGAGGGGCUGAAACUGUUUUUGUGUUAAAAUUUAUUCUAUUAAAUUUUGUGCCAGUAUUUUUUUUUUUUCCUUAAAAAUCGUCUUAAGCUCUAAGGUGGUCUCAGUAUUGCGGUAUCAUGCAAUUUUGUUUUUAUUUGCCAACUGAGGAUUCUGACACAGUGAAAGGAAACUGUUUAUAUAGACCCCACUGGAAAGACAAAGCGCCAUCACUGAGAUUUGGGGAUCCCAAGUUCAUGUGACUGAUGUGUGAAGGGAAAAAAUGAUGCUAAUUUGGGUACAAGGGAACUGUGCAUGUGAAUUUCUCCUUUAAUUUUUAAAAAUUAUGAUCGCACCCCUCUACUUAUUUGUCAUGAGUGUAUUCUCAGAGUUUGGACUUAACAUUGAGCUAAGAAGCAUUAAGUCUUUGAACUGAAUGUAUUUUGCAGCCCUGCUUUGGACAAUAGUAAAUGUAGGAGCACUGUAGAAGUCUUAUGAAAGAGGGAGUGAAGGGAGAAGAUUGACCUGGUUCUCUACUGGUUUUUUAGACUUGUAACAUACAUGACUUGGAAUAAAAUCUGUAUGCACGGGCAUUACCCCUCAGGUCUUAGGAAAUAAGUCCUGAAUGCAUGUCCUUCCCAACUAACACUCUGUACUUUGUCCUUUGUGUCUUAUUUUCCUAGCAUCCCACAUUUAUCACUUUUCCCCACUCUGUUGUUCAGUAGAAGGAAAUGUACAGCUUUCUCUUGGGUGAGUGAAAGAGUAGCCGCAGACGUGUCAUGAGUUGGAGAGUGUCUGAUAAAAGCCAUUUAGAUGUCCUGGGUUUUAGAAGCCAUGGAAACUGAGGGAGCCUAGGAAUAAAAUGUGGCUCGGCUGUCUUUGGGAAAAGUGCAAGGCUUUCCUUUGAAGGGUUUAAGGCAGCUGUGUCGGGUGUCAGGUGAGACUGGGUGGGCAGGCAGAGGUGCACAGAGCAGAUGCUAUAAGGGUCCCGGGCUUGGAUCUGUUGUCCUGGCGCAGGAUAAGGGAAGGUUGGUAAUUGCAAAGGAAGGAAGCUUGAAGGCAUAGGAACUAUAAGGAAAGGAGCUUGGGUGUAGCAAUAAGGUGGUCCAUGAGAUUCAAAUCUACUUUUACUUCUCCUGGAGUUGAACUACAAACAUCAUCAACCGAGGUCAUUGUCAAGGGUCAUCUGAAAAUGGAGUUUGGGGAGAGGGGACCAACAUCUGACUACUAAGGAAAAGUGCCUAAUACAAUUAGAAUCCUCUCUUCCUCAGCUCAACAGGUGCCGGAUUUGAAAAGGAGGGUGACAGAGGGAUGGCUUUCAGCGAGGAAGGGGAAGAAACCCUCAGGACGGGCUUCUCGGGGUUGGCCCUUGUUGGGCUUCAGCUGAGAAACUGGAAGUCUACUAACUACCUUCUAGCAUAGCUUCAAGAAAGUGGAUUGUUUUCUCCCAGGUCUUCUUGCAGACCCCGGAUUAUCAGGAACUUAACUCUGUGAUUCACGCGCUUCCUCAUACCGAGAAAUCGGAGCAUCCGCUUGGAAAGCAGAGGCAGCAUUUCGCCCAGCUGUGUAUUGCGAUCUUCUUCCGGACGCAGGUGCCUUAAUGAAGCUCUCGACAUAUUUUAGGAGCUGCUCAGGGAGUGUUAGGCAGAACUGUUUGGACUACAUUGUCUUCUCUUAGAUUAUGUGAUCUUUGUUGGGCACUGGCAAAGAUGUGUGUGCGCGUGCGCGUGUGUGUCUCUGUGUGUGUUUGCAGACGUGCAGAACUGCAGCUGAGAGAAUGCUGGGGCUUUCUCAUGAUGUCUUUCCACAUUUCAGUGAUGGGUGAGAGUAGAACCAAGGCCAGACUCCGGUCCUUGCUUCUUUGCCACCAGGCAUAUCACUUUCUCAGCUCAACAGCCCUUUCCGUUUCAAUCGAUGCUGAGACGCCCUCCCUGUGUAUGUCUGACUCCUGCCAUAAUUCACGUAAACAAGUGCCUCCUCACGCUCUUCAGCCGCUUGUUUGCCAAGAUGCACCCCCCUCCCCCGCCCUGCUCUCUCUCCCAGUCCACUGUUUCCAGUAUUUGUAGAUAGCGUGUUAGUUCAAACAGCUUCGUCAAUCUGGCCAGAUGCUUUUUUUUUUUUCCUCCUUCUGUCCAGAGACCAUCCCAGGAAGAGUGGUGGGUGGUUUAUACACUGGAAAUGGAGCAGAAUUGUUGGAUUUCUGCUUUAAAAAAAAACAAAAAAACACAUGUUAACUUCAGAGGAAGGAUGGGCAAAUCUGGUUGAGUUGGGUGAAACUCUGUUUUCCUGGAGAUGCAUCUGUUAACCCAUGUUGGUUUGGGCUGUAGGGUUCAGAGUCACUUUGGUCCCCUUUCGCUUUCAGGGGAGGGACUUCCCUACACAAAGCCCUGGUUUUUUGGCUAUGGAGAUUAGAGGUAACAUUCAGAGAUCAGAUAUGCUUUUCCUCACUUUGGGGCUGAACACUCUGGGUUUUAGAGCAUUAACCUGCCUAAUCUUCAUGGUGAAAACGACACCUUCUCUAUCCUCGUCAUGCUGUGCAUGCUGCUGUCUCUGUUGGGGUCUAUAUAAAUGGGUUGAACUCUUAAUCUACAUUCCAAAGAAGUUUCGAGGAACCAUAAAUAUAUGUAUACAUAUACAUAUAUUAAAUAUAUAUAUUAAAAUGAAAUUUAUCUCUAUCAGGAAUACUGCCUCAGUUAUUGAACUUUUUUUUAGAAUACUUUUUUUUUAAGAUGAGAAGUAUAGGGGUGAAAAAGAUGUUAUAUUGUGUUUGACUAUUUUCCAACUUGUAUUUUCAUAUAAUUUAUAUUUUUUAAGAGCUGAAAAUUUAAAAGCAAGAUAAAAAAAAGGAAAAGCAGGUGCUUUUUAAAAAAUCAGAACUGAGGUAGCUUAGAGAUGUAGCGAUGUAAGUGUCUAUGUGUUUUUUUUUUUUUAAUGCAAAAAAAAUUUCUUAUGGGGGAGUUUUUUGUUCGUUUAUUUUAGUAGCUGAUGCUGGCACAUCAUUUUGCUGGAGAAUUUUUUAUAUACUGUAGCCUGAUUUCAUAUUGUAUUUUAAACUGUGUGAGAUUAAAAGCAAAGAAAUUCAUUCAUAA